CCAACCCUGGUCAGCCGAGUGGUCUGGCUACUCAUUCAACAUGAAGUCUCUCCUUAUUCUGGGGCUUCUCCUCCUUGCUGCCACCGUCCAGGGCAAGGUCUUUGAAAGGUGUGAGCUUGCCAGAGCUCUGAAAAGAAUGGGAAUGGACGGCUUCAAGGGAAUCAGCCUGCCAAACUGGGUGUGUUUGGCCCAAUGGGAAAGUAGCUAUAACACACAAGCUACAAACUACAAUCCUGGAAGCAAAAGCACUGAUUAUGGGAUAUUUCAGAUCAAUAGCCGCUACUGGUGUAACGAUGGCAAAACCCCAAAAGCAGUUAACGCCUGCCAUAUAUCCUGCAACGUUUUGCUGCAAGAUGACAUCACUCAAGCCGUAGCAUGCGCAAAGAGGGUUGUCAGUGAUCCACAAGGCAUCAGAGCAUGGGUGGCAUGGAAAAAUCAUUGUCAAAACCGGGACCUCACUCAGUAUACUCGAGGCUGCGGAGUGUAACUGGAAUUUUCCUUCUUCAGCUCAUUUUGUCUCCUUUUCAUCGUAAGAGAAUAGUAGCUGAGUAGAAGUUCACAUGACCAUUCUUUCAAAUGAUAAUGUUUUUACAGAAGCAGGGGCAAAACAUGGUCUUUCUUCUAAGAUGCUAAAUGUUUUCUAAUGUGUUUAUUAUUUGAUAUUAAGCCUACAACUGUUUUCAGUUUGCUAACAGAACUAACGCUGGUAAAAACUUAUCUAAAAAUCUUGAUUUUCAAAUAUAUCUCCAGCACAUUCAGUUCUUAAAGAAAUAACCCAGACUUCAUAUUGAAUGAUACAAGUACUCCUCAGUAUUUGAUAAAUAUGUACCAUAAGACUAUCUUAAAACACAUUGAUCUUAGGCAAAAUCCCCUCUGUGUGUGCAUCUGAUGUUUUUAUCUGUUUGGUCACUCCCAAAAACAGUAAAAGACAAACACUCUUUGUUGGGCAAUAUACAUUUUACAAAGGAGCAGAAUACCAAAUGGAGGCAGCCUGAAUUCAGAAUUUUGUUUUUAUGAAAACAUGUUUUAAAUGUUUUAUUCGAAAUGUUGCUUUUCUAUGGCUUUAAAAAUAAACUCACGAUUUAUAUAGCAAUCUAUUUUAGCCCUUUAAAUAACUCUUUUAUGCAUCUUGCUGAUCAUGAAGGAAUAUAAAGAAGGAUAAGAUGAACUGUUGCUGUGUCUUAAUUUUAUUAACUUAGAUUCAUACUUUAUGGCUAAAUCUGGAGGCAGAUGAGUAUGCAAGUAUUGAAAUAAUGUUAAUUAGCCACUGAUGUGAAAUUACCUUGUUGUAAAAAAUUAACAUUACCAUUAAAGGCUUUGCAACUCA